AUGGCCCCGCCCAAUACAGCUAAGACGAUCAAUGGCCACACGGAGAAGGCCAACGGUGAUGUAGGCGGUGCGCUCGAGAAGCAAGAUGCACAAGUGAAUGGGGAGCAAGUCAAGAAGCGUCGAAAUAUGCUGACGAGGACGUUAUGGACGUUCAUUAUGAUCGGCGUAUUCCUCACGCUGUUGCUCAUGGGACAUGCAUAUAUGGUCGUACUUGUCAUGAUCUGCCAAACGCUGGUAUACCGCGAGGUCACGGCACUCUUCUCGCUCAAGAAGAGCGACGUGGGUGACACGGAAUCGAGGGGACGGGACCCAUGGAGCAAGACUCUCAACUGGUAUUUCUUUGCCAUCACGAACUACUUCUUGUACGGGGAGAGCAUCAUUUACUACUUCAAGCAUGUCGUUUUCGCAGAUGCGAACCUGACGCUUUUCGCUACGAAUCAUCGCAUAGUCAGCUUCACCUUGUACACCAUCGGCUUCGUCGGGUUCGUUCUCUCCUUGAAGAGGGGCUACUUAAAGCAGCAAUUUGGACUGUUCUGCUGGGUGCAUAUGACGCUCAUGCUGAUUGUCGUGUCAAGUCACUUCAUCGUGAACAACAUCCUCGAGGGCAUGAUCUGGUUCUGGGUCCCUGCUUCCCUCGUCAUCUGCAAUGACGUAUUUGCAUAUAUUUGGGGCAUCACUCUCGGGCGUACGCCGCUUAUCAAGCUGUCACCGAAGAAAACUGUCGAAGGUUUCGUCGGCGCGUUCUUCAGCACGGUCAUUUUCGGCGUGCUGUGGGGCACGUUCUUCAUGCGCUAUGAUUACAUGAUCUGCCCUGUGCACGAUCUUGGCGUCAGCGCAUGGAGCGAGACACUGCAAUGCGACCCGAACCCUAUAUUCUUGUGGAGGGACUAUGUGUUGCCUCUACCCGCGCGGUCGCUCUUGUCAACUCUGUUCGGCCUUGACAUCACGAAGUUCUCGUAUGCGCCUUAUCAGUACCACCUCCUUUUCAUGUCCUGCUUUGCAUCACUUGUUGCGCCCUUUGGUGGUUUCUUCGCUUCCGGAUUCAAGCGCGCAUUUAACAUUAAGGACUUCGGCCACAGUAUUCCGGGCCACGGCGGUAUGACAGAUCGCAUGGACUGCCAGUUCCUCAUGGGUGUCUUCACCUAUGUUUACUACAGCAGCCUCAUCAGGCAGCACCACGUAUCUGUUGGCUCCUUACUCCAGAUGAUCGUGAGCGGCCUCACGCCGGAACAGCAGCUGGAGCUCAUGUCGGACCUGAAGAGAUACCUGGAGGGUCAGGGAAUCGCAGUCAAUAUUUGA